ACAGCGCAACGUUCUAUGUGCAUUUCUAACCAUAUUUAAAAAAACAAUUUAAAUUUUAUAAUAAAAAAUUUUUAUAGUUUUAAUGAUUAUUUAUUAUUGAUUCAUGUAUUAAUAUUUUUUUUUUUCAAAUUAUUUUAUGAAAAAAUUAUAUUACUCCAAAAGGCUAUCAAACAUACUAAAUUAUUAUAAAAUAAGGUUCAUAGCGACCUCUCCCAAAGGGGAGGUUUUCUUAACCAUUGAUAGUCCGGGACGGUUAGUCCAUCGCCAAAGAUAGUGAUUCCAAUCUCGGAACUGAUCUCUCGUUCAGCAAAUAAAACUGCCCAUGACCUAGUUCUGAACUCCAGGCAUUUCGCGUCAAGAACUACCACAUUACCGACUUGACCACACCGUUCCUCAAUUUCAUCGAUGUGAUUAAAAACAUUCUAUACAUCAGAAAAUUUGUUGCAUUGGUUAUUUCAAUUAACUUUGUUCGUGAUAUUUGCAAUAUAGUUGAGUAAUUGAAAAGCUGAUUUAAAAAAACGUAAUUGAAAGUACAUUGACAACUGUGACAAAAAAAUUACAAACAUUAUUGAGGCAUUUCAAACUUUUUGUGUUUAAUACAAAUAGUUAAAAUGUGUGUACAUUACAUUUGGAUUCAAUAUCAAAGAGCAUGAAGUAUAAAAAAAUUGGUUUACAAGUAAAAGAACCAUACUACUUUUUACAAUACUUAUUUGUUUUUGUAACAACAAUUGUAAUAGUUACCGUAUAUCACGUUCAACGGGAAUUGGUUAGACCAAAAUUAGAGCAUUUAGUGAUAUAUCAAAAUUUAACCGAACGGGAUUCAAGAGUAAAUUGUCAAUUCCCUAUUUUACAUCCGUUUCAUGCAUCAAUUCUAAAAUACGUCUUCAUACCAAAACCAAUAAGAUGUAUGGAAAGGUCAUAUCGUUUGACAUUUAUCGACAUGAACACUGGGCUUCUACAAUUCAACAAGUCAGGUUUCAAAGAAUCAGGGUAUUCUCUAAAAUCAAAUGGUCUCAAAUGUAAUUAUCAAGAAAUCUAUCGUCCAAAGAAUGACGAUUUUCAUGUGAUAUAUGGACCACAGAUUCCUAUUAUUGAUCUCCAUGAACCUCAAACCGACUUUGUUUUUGUAUCUUGUGUUAAUUUUAUUGGUUUAACGGUGUAUAGCAAUUUCCACGCCUACGCCAGGAGGAGACCAGAAGUUAGAAAAUUUAAAAAUCAUGAUGAAUUAGGAGUAGCUGUCAUUGGCAUUGAUUCGAUAUCUCGGCUGAACUUUAUGAGGCAAAUGCCUAAAUCUUAUAAUUUUUUAACUAAAGAAAUUGAUGGAGAUGUAAUGUAUGGUUUCACCAAAGUUGGCGAAAAUACAUUUCCGAACGUUAUUCCAAUGUUAACAGGCCGACCUUUUCUAACUGAACAUAAUAACAGGUUUGAUGAUUGGCCUUAUAUAUGGAAAGAUUUCUUUAGAGAAAAAGUAGCAACUCUUUAUGCAGAAGAUCAACCCGAAUUUAAUAUGUUCGAUUAUUUAGCCAAAGGAAUAACAAUACAACCUACUUUACACUACAUGCGUACCUUUUGGUUGGCUGUUGAACAAUCAAUGUUGUACAAAAUGAGCUCACCGAGUUGUCUUGGACCUACGCCUAAGCAUUUAAUUUAUUUUGAUUACUUAAAAUCUUUUAUGAAAGUAUACCGAGAUUCACCAAUAUUUUUAUUUUCCCUGUUUAAUGAAGCUAGUCAUGAUUUUGUUAACACAGUUGGAGUAAUCGAUUUGGAUUACAUGAAUUUUUUGAAAUCUUCUUUUGAAGAGGGAUUAUUUAAUCGAACUAUUGUCUUUGUAUUGGGUGACCAUGGAAAUCGAAUGGAUUUCAUCCGUCGAACUAAAAUCGGAACUAUAGAAGACCGAAUGCCAAUGGUUACGUUAAUAACUCCUGAAUGGGUAAAAGUCACGUAUCCAUCUUGGAAAUCAUCUCUUCGUGAUAAUCGUAUGAGACUGACCUCUACUUUUGAUAUCUAUGCAACCUUUAGACACGUAUUGAGUACGAUAAAUGGCCUGAAUCCAUCAACUGUAAUUUAUCAAAAAGCAUUAGAAGAAAUCAAUAAUAGUAUUGUUAAAAGUCAUUUCUCAGAAAAGAGCACUGGAAUAUCUUUAUUUAACUCUAUUCCAUUAACUAGGGAUUGCAAUGAAGCUGGUAUACCACAAUGGAUUUGUGUUUGUCAUGAAGGAAAACAAAAACAACUAGAUCCAAAUCAUCCUUAUAGUCUUGCUGCUACAAAUAAAGUCUUAAAUUAUUUCAAUGAAUUACUAGAGGAUCUUCAAGAAUGUGCGAAGAUGAAACUAGCUUUUGUGGAAGAUGUUUAUUUGUAUGAAACUCCUCAAAAAUACAACAACAAAGUCUACGAAAAAUCAGUUCAAGUAACGUUUAAAGCUCAACCUGGAGAUGGGUAUUUUGAAGCAACAUUAGGUAUAGAAACCAAGUCACAAGAUAAUGACGAAGAUUUUGUUAUAAUUGGUCAAGUAUUUAGAAUUAAUAAAUACGGACACCAAGCAGAUUGUUUACCUAGAAUAAAACUUGCGAAAAUGCCAAUUUUGAAAGAAAUGAACACUCAAUGUAACAUUGUUUUGAACAAAAUUCAACGUAAAUAACUGAUUUAAAAGACAAAAUUCAAUAAGAUUUCAGUUAAAUCGAUGUCAUAUAAUCGACAGUUAAUGACCAUUCAAUCACGUGACGAAUUUUACUCUCUUUGACAUUUAGAUUAGACCGCACAUGCCUCAACUAUAAAUAGUUUUUGACAGCAGUAGAAUGAAGUGAACCGACUUACAAUUAACCGGCAAGCCGGUACACGUAAAG